AUGAUUAUUUACAAGGAUAUCUUCUCUGGUGACGAAAUUUUGUCUGAUGCUUACGACUGUAAGGAAGUCGAUGGUGUCAUCUACGAAGCUGACUGUGCUAUGAUCAAGGUUGGUGGUGGUGACAUCGAUAUCGGUGCUAACCCAUCUGCUGAAGAUGGUGGUGACGAAGUCGACGAUGGUUCUGAAGUUGUUAACAACGUUGUUUACACUUUCCGUUUACAACCAACUGGUUUCGACAAGAAAUCUUUCUUGACUUACAUCAAGGGUUACAUGAAGGCUGUUAAGGCUAAGUUGCAAGAAACUAACCCAGACGCUGUUGCCACUUUUGAAAAGGGUGCUCAAACUUACGUCAAGAAGGUUAUUGGUUCUUUCAAGGACUGGGAAUUCUUCACUGGUGAAUCCAUGGACCCAGAUGCCAUGAUCAUCAUGUUGAACUACCGUGAAGAUGGUACUACUCCAUACGUUGCCAUCUGGAAACAUGGUAUCAAUGAAGAAAAGAUCUAA